UAUAUUGUACUAUGAAGAAGACAUUUCUAUGACAACUUUGUGAGUAGCGUGUGCUUGAUUAUGCUUUUUAGUAUGGAAUCAUUGGCAAUGGUUUUGGUUUCAGCAUUGCUUUUCCGUUCCUCAGACGCUGGAACAUUCACUUGGCUACAUUCGGACGAUACAGUGAAUGUUGUGGAAGAUGACACGGCAAAGCUCAACUGGAGGGUUCGCAUUGAUUUUGGUAGACUAUGGUUUGCAGUAAAGAUCUCAAGGAGYGCUACAUCUCAUGCUGGUGCAGGAAGCCUUGACCUCAUAAGAAGAUGGUAUCCCUCUGGUAUAAAGUUACUGUUGGCCGACCGACUUGCUGACAUGGACUUAGAUGUUGAAGCGAACAUAAAUGUCUUGAAUGUUACUUUUACRCUUCGUAAUCUAUCAAGGAAARCUGACGAGAUGUAUUAYAGAAUAACUGUGUACGACGGUUACUUCAACUGUUCUUGGAGAACCACAAAGCUGAACAUUUAUGUUCCUUCAUCGUGUGAGAUACAUCCUAAUAAUAAUAUAUUAGCUGAAGGAACAAACGUCUCGUUAAACGUCACCACCACAGGAAACCCACCUGUUUAUGAAUACAUCUGGACUCAUCCUAAUGGAAGUAGACUGACUGCCAAUAGCACACUGACAUUUACUGCCUCAAGACUAGAUACUGGGACAUACAAAGUUUCUGUGUAUAAUGGUGUUGGUAAUCGGG